GAUGGUAUAUUUAGACAUGUAGAAGUUUGAACCAAGCGGGCAUGGGACUGGUUGGCUGGCUAUGCCAUUCAUGCGUUUGAUUUUGGCUUUAUCAAAAAACUAUGUUAAGUCUUUUUAGAAGUGGAGAGGGACAUUGAUUCUGAGUGAUCAAUGGUUAUAAGCCAUGGUUCAGAUUUAGUGCUUCUGAUAUUGUUUUCUGGAGGUGAGAAAUGAAUAAAACAAACAAGGUAACAAAUAUUUAUCAACAUAUUCGCUUUGACAGUGAGGGAUUGUUCCCAAAAGUUCUUCAUCUUUGUCUCUGAAGAGAUGAGUCUUAAAAUCAUCAUUGUUAGAAGUUUGCAAGUGCAUCAUUAUUGAAUAAGAUCUUAUAUCCUAUCAGAAUUGAUCAAGCGUUCUUUUCAAAGUACUCCUCUCUGCCUCAUUGGGAAGGAUAAUAGUAAGAGAAUGGAGAGAUGCUAAAUUUCGAGUUUUUAGUUUAUCUAUAAGUUAGUGUCCUUGCUAGCUUGAGAGUGGGGUAACUUUAGCAAGUAGGAGCACCCAGCAGUGUUACCCUCUGCAAGAGGCUUGCCUCAAAAUGGAUCUAUUAUUUCA